AUUUAAUUGAUGUGCAAGAUGAUGCGUUAUUAAUGCCUAAGAAAAGUAAUUUUUUUUCCCUAUCUUCAUGUGGUUACCUGAUAUACAUGUGGCUCGGCUAUAAUGUAACAAGAAAAAUAUACUAUUGUAUAAACCUUUUUCUCUUUAUUUCUUUCUUUUCUUUUCCUUUUUAUUAAAAAGUAUGAGUAACUUGACUGUAGGAAACAUAAAAAAUGAUGACACUACUCAACCGACAGACAUUUUAAUAGCAGUAACAUCUCAUCGUAACGAGGAUAGUCAAAAAAUAAAAUAUUCAAGAAACUCUAGCUUAGUAUUUAACAGUGAAAAACCGAAUUCAACAAUACAUGAAGAAUCGAAAAAUAUCGAUUAUAGUCAACAAGUGCAAAAGGAAUGCUCCAGUAACCUAGCAGAGAAUCUAAAGAAUACUCAAGAUGAAAAAUUAAUACAAUCAAACGAAUUAUUUAACGAAAUAUUAGCUGAUACAACUUCUCUUUUUCAAACAAUAAUGAUUCCACAAAGCAAAUUUUUAAAAGAACAUAGUAUAAAAUUAAAACAACAGGAGUUAAAAGACAUUUUAAAUGAAGAUGAAGUCAUUCAUUUAUUGUUCAAAAUUUGGGAGCAAGAAAUUGAAAGGGUUUAUAACGGAGAAAUACAGAAAAUAAAAGACGAAAUUCAACAGAAAAACACAGUUAUAAAGAAGACAUACGAAAAAAAUAAAUGGCUAACGCAGACUACAGUUGAAAUUGAAGAAAAGUUAAAGACUAUUGAGACAGAGAUGGAAUCAAGUGAAGACUUUAACUCUGACGAGCAAUCGUUACAUAAACAAUUAAAAUGUAUUAUUCAAUCUAUCCUAGGAAUUGAGAUUGACAGCUGUAAGGAAUAUAGAGUGAAUUAUGAGGAUUUAAGUUGGAAAAUCAAAAAAAAAAGUAUACAGCUACGUCAUGAUAUGGAUACAAUAGGUGCUCUUUAUAAUAAUCUUGCUUGGGAAAGUCAAUUAAGAAGAAAACAAAAUAAAUGUUUUGACAUUUAUAUAAGGAACAAUAUAUAUUAAUAUGUCAUCAGCUUGCUCGAUUCUAUACAUUCUCUCCUCAAGACAGUAAGGAACAUGAAAUGAAAUCAAAACGAACUUCAAUGCCACUAAAGCUACAAAAGAGUAAUAGCAUAGAGGAUAUCAGAAGAGUCCAUGCUCAAAACUCUCUUGAAUCUAUUCAUAAAUCCAAUUUUUCGACUACAAUAAUAACGCAGAACUGUCUUUCUGAAAUAGAUUCAUUCUUAAAAAGUGAGAAGUUUAAAGGAUAUGAAGCCUUUUUAUAUAUAGGUGAUCAUCAGUGCAAUAUACAUGGUGACUUUUCAAAACAUCUAUACAA